AUGGAUUUCUUGAAUUUCUCCCGGGUGGUGGACGAGCAGAAUACCACAUACACCAACUCCUCGGCUACCGGGGACAGUGAGUACUCUCUCCUCUCCGUAACCGGACUGACGGUAGUCGUGGGCUUCCUCAUCCUGUUUACCAUUGUGGGCAACGUGCUGGUGGUCAUCGCCGUGUUGACCAGCCGCGCUCUCAAACCGCCGCAGAACCUCUUCCUGGUGUCCCUGGCCAGCGCGGACAUCCUAGUGGCUACGCUCGUCAUGCCUUUCUCUUUAGCUAACGAACUCAUGGGCUACUGGUUCUUCGGGAAAGUUUGGUGCGACGUCUACUUGGCGUUGGACGUCCUCUUUUGCACGUCGUCUAUAGUUCACCUGUGCGCUAUCAGUCUCGAUCGUUACUGGUCGAUCACCCAGGCGAUAGAAUACAACCAGAAGCGGACGCCUACACGGCUAAACGGGAUGAUCGUGGUGGUCUGGCUGAUCUCGGCCGUCAUUUCCUUUCCGCCGUUGAUCUCCAUGGACAGGAGCAGCGGAGGGGAGAUCAGUCCUCAGUGUCGGCUGAACGAUGAGACCUGGUAUAUUCUCUACUCCAGCAUAGGAUCCUUCUUCGCUCCCUGCGUUAUCAUGAUACUGGUGUACAUCAGGAUCUACCAGGUUGCUAAGACGCGGACGAGGACCAUGUCGGAGAAGAAGAGAGAGGUGGAGGACAACGGAACUGCCCCGUUACACGUUAACGGGUUGGGGCAGGGGGGCGAGGAGGAGGGGUGCGGAGGAUCUCUGAAGGAAAACGGUGGCGGCGGAGGGGUUGCCCGGGAGAACGGGCACUGCCAGAGCCAGCAGAAGACGCCGGUGCCACAGGGGAUGUUACCCAACGAACUCAAAUUAACCCCCGACCCCGACGACGGAGACGACUUUGACGAAAGCAGCUCGUCGGACGAAAACCCACAUCCGCCAAAAAACCAUCACCAUGACGACAAGAAGGAUUCCAAACCUUCAGAGAGAAGGAAGUCCACAGGAAGCAGGAAGAGCAGCUUGGCUUCGUCCAAACGCUCAGAGAGCAAGAAGUCGCGUGCCAGCUCUAAGUCCAUCGAGCUGUUUUCGUCCCGUAGGAAGCGGAGGAGCACCGUCAACAGGAACAAAAUCACAGCGGCGAGGGAGAAGAGGUUUACCUUCGUCUUGGCGGUGGUGAUGGGCGUCUUCGUGAUCUGCUGGUUCCCCUUCUUCUUCAGCUACAGCCUGUACGGAGUGUGCCGGGCGCCGUGUGAGAUCCCCCAGUCUCUUUUUAAGUUCUUCUUCUGGACAGGCUACGUCAACAGCUCCCUCAACCCCGUCAUCUACACCAUCUUCAACCAGGACUUCAGACGAGCCUUCCGGAAGAUUCUAGUCUGCAAGUCAGGGAAGAGGUCCUUCUGAACGCGGAUAGUCCAACAGUAUAUACUGUACAGUACAUGGACCCUAUAUACAAGUCAGGGAAGAGGUCUUUCUGAACGUGGAUAGUCCAACAGUAUAUACUGUACAGUACAUGGACCUAUAUACAAGUCAGGGAAGAGGUCUUUCUGAACGUGGAUAGUCCAACAGUAUAUACUGUACAGUACAUGGACCUAUAUACAAGUCAGGGAAGAGGUCUUUCUGAACGUGGAUAGUCCAACAGUAUAUACUGUACAGUACAUGGACCUAUAUACAAGUCAGGGAAGAGGUCCUUCUGAACGUGGAUAGUCCAACAGUAUAUACUGUACAGUACAUGGACCUAUAUACAAGUCAGGGAAGAGGUCUUUCUGAACGUGGAUAGUCCAACAGUAUAUACUGUACAGUACAUGGACCUAUAUACAAGUCAGGGAAGAGGUCUUUCUGAACGUGGAUAGUCCAACAGUAUAUACUGUACAGUACAUGGACCUAUAUACAAGUCAGGGAAGAGGUCCUUCUGAACAGACAGGUAUGAGGGCCUAUAUAUGAACAUGGAUGAACCUACAGUAUAUGGAUAUUUUAGUCCAUUACGUUUGACCAGAACACAGUCAUUCAGAAAAUACUCUGCAAGUCAUGGAAGAGGUUCUCCUGAUGGGGAGUCACAUGGACCCUAAUGCUUUCCCCAAUCACAUGGACCCUAAUGCUUUCUCUAGUCACAUGGACCCUGAUGACCCUAAUGCUUUCCCUAGUCACAUGGACCCUAAUGCUUUCCCUAGUCACAUGGACCCUAAUGCUUUCCCCAAUCACGUGGACCCUAAUGCUUUCCUAGUCACGUGGACCCUGAUGCUUUCCCUAGUCACAUGGACCCUAAUGCUUUCCCUAGUCACGUGGACCCUAAUGCUUUCCUAGUCACGUGGACCCUGAUGCUUUCCCUAGUCACAUGGAC